AUGAGCAAAGAUGCAACUAUGAUCUAUGCCAAAUCUGGCUUAGAAAUAACGAUCCAAAACCAUAAUAACAAAUAUUUUGAUGUCAAAGACUGUUUGCUUGCAAUUGCGGCAGAUGAAGAAGAGCUGCAAUCUCAAGAGGCUGGAGCUUACUUUUUAGAGCGAUUAGUAAAAAUUGCAAUGGAUUUAUUCAAUUCAAAAACAAAAGAGGAGUUGCGAGUACGACUCCUGCUAAAG